AGUACAAUUUUUAAAAUUUCAUUACAAAGGCAAAAUGUCCAGAGUAGUGCCAGGUUCAAGAAUUUUGGGAACUGUCACCCACGUGGAGUUUGACGCAGGUGUGUGUAACGGAUAUUGUCAGUUGUGUGAGGAAAACGUUGUCGAAGAACUUGCAGAAAAUAUUCAGAGUAGUGUAGGAAAUUGUGCAGUGUUAGGUGGUAGCCUGGGGAAUGAUGAAAUCGUUUUAGCAUUAUUUCACGAGGAUGAUAAUUGGUACAGAGGCAAGAUUGUCGGAAAAGGCGCCAACGACCUGUCCAUCUUUUUUGUUGAUUAUGGCAACACAGAAACUGUUAGUGCAGACAAUAUUAGGAAACUUCCUAGUUUGCUGAAGCAUGUAGAACCAUUGGCAACAAAGUGUGUAUUUGUUGAUUUCUCUCCAGCAAGAGGUCAAUGGACACCAGAGGAAGAGGAGGCGGUAAGAGAGAGACUACUGAAUGAAGAAUACAUGGUAGAAGUUAUUCAGAAAUCUCCACAGGGAUUUUCUGUAAGACUGCACAGUCCAUCGGCCAAUAGUAUUUCUUCACCCAGUUCUAUGACAUUGCAAAAUGUCAAUACAAACUCUUGUCAUCAGUGUUAUAUUUCAUACAUUGAAAGUGCUAAUAAAUUCUGGGUGCAACUUCAAGAAACAGAAAAUGACUUAAGCAAUAUAAUGAGUCAAAUUGCAGAAUACUGUACAAGUAGUGCUGAAAAACUUGGUAAUCCACAAAUGGGAGAAUUUUGUCUGGCUUAUUACAGUGAAGAUGAGGCACCAUAUAGGUCACAGAUAUUAACAAGCACCUCAGACAAAUGCCUUGUGCAGUUUGUAGAUUAUGGAAAUUCAGAAUCAAAGUCACACAAUGAAUUAUUAUCUCUACCUGCCAAAUUCAUGAAUUUUCCAAUUCAAGGUCUUAGGUGUUGUUAUAAAACUACCAGAAUUAAUCCAAGUAAACUGGAGGACAAGCUACAAGAACUUUCGGCUUCUGAUGGAGUGGUGAAAGUCAAAUUUCUGAGGAAAAGUAAUGACGAACACACAAUAGAAAUAGAUGAGAUUGAAAAGAUGGAAAGCCAUGGUAGUUUAAACAGUUCUCAGACAUUGGAGUCCCAGCAUGAAUACCCAGUGUCGUCACUUGUGGGUAAUCGGACUUAUGAUGUAUGCAUUUGCUAUGUGGAGCAUCCUGGUCGAUUUUUUGUGCAACUUCUCAGUAGUUCUGAUACUGUUAGUGAUCUGAUGGAUUUGGCUCAUGAGGAAUUUAUAACUAACAGGCCACUUUCAAGACCCACACCCAAACAGUCAUGUUUAGCUAGAAUGAGUGAUGGUGCAGUGUACAGGAGUUCUGUGGAAUCUGUUGGAUCUUCUAUUAAAGUCACCUCAGUAGACUUUGGGUUUACAGAAACUGUAGAUGCGCAAAACCUCCGAGAAAUUUCAGAAAAAUUGACAUCUAUCCCAGCACAGUGUGUUCAGUGCACUGUAGACCUGACAAAGAUGACACCAGACUACUGGUCAGAAGGAGAAAUAGAAAUUCUUAAAGGACUUGAGAAUGAUGUACCCUUGGUAUCCAUGGUGACAUCAAAUAGAGGAGGAGUUUACCAGUUAGACUUGUACGAUACAAGAGACAAAGACAUUGAUCGUUAUUUGAAUGAGGAGUUGUUAGGGGUUAAAAAACAAGGAAAAUCUGUGUCAUCAUACAAAGAAUCUGCCAGGCAAACUGUCAGGAGACUAAAGAUACCAGAACCAGAUGUCGCUGUUGGCAGCACUGAGAUGGUUUGUGUCACUGCGAUGUACUCCACUAAACAGUUCUACGGCCAGCUGACCAAAGUUCCAGUUGAAAAGUUUGCUUCUCUCCAGGAGACUUUAAUGAAGGUGUACGAAAUGGGACAGGAUGUCAUAGCUGACUGUGAGGUGGGAACAUUCUGCUGUGCAAAGUACACAGACGGAUCCUGGUAUAGAGCACUCAUUACUUCUGUCACAGGAAGUUCAGCGGAGAUCAUGUUUAUUGAUUUUGGUGACUCCUGCACUGUACCCAUGACAUCAUUGUAUCAGAUACAUCCAAGUGUCGCUGACACCCCACAACUUUGUAUCAUGUGCCAAUUUCAGAAACCCCCGAUGAGUGUCAGUAUGUCAGAUUUACAGACUCUUUUGGUUGACAAAGUAGUGGAGGUCAGACUUGCAUCAAGGACAGAUGGAGUAUUUCCAACUUUCCAGAUUGAAUUUACCAGCCAUUCAAACAACAAAACUAUCACCAGUAAACUCUUUGGGAACCAGCACAGGAUCCCGAGACUCCCUCAAGUGGCCCUGCAGAGUGGAAACAGUGGUGAGAGAAAGGGGAUGGUGGCUAUUGGUGACCAGGAGGAAGUUAUGGUCACUCAUGUGGUUGAUCCCGAUCACUUCCACUGCCAGCUAAGUAAGACUGCAGUCCAGCUUGAUGCACUGAUGGAGAGUCUGGACAAACACUACUCUGCCCUGGAUGAAUACGAGGAACAGCUGACCAAUGUGUCACUCGGACAGCACUGUGUGGCUAAGUACAGUGCUGACCAGGACUGGUAUAGAGCCCAAAUUACAGGCAUGUUGAACAACGGGAUGGCUGAGGUGAAGUAUAUUGACUAUGGUAAUACAGAAUGCUCACCCAAAGAGAAUCUGAAGCAGAUCAGUGAUGAACUGAUGACGCUACCACCCCAGGCAGUACUCUGUGGACUUGAAGGAGUUGCAUCACCAACUGGAUUCUGGUUGCCGGAGAAAGUGGCUCAGUUUGAGGACCUGGUUCUGGAUCAAACAUUUAAGGCAACAUUCAAGUCUAAGAAGGUAGGAGAGGAUAUAUUGCUGUGUGUUCUGGAGUCUCCUGAGGGUACCAACAUCAACAACAAAUACGGCACAAGUACCAACUCUCUCGCUACCACAGCCAACAAUGAGGCAUCCAACAACUUUCAACAAAGAGGACGAUUUGGAGACCGAUCCUCAGGUGGGAGAUCCAAUGAUUCAAGACCAGGAUUCAGUGGUGGAGACCGAGGAAACCGCCCUGGCUUUGGUGGUUCUAAUAAUCACAGUAGAGGUUCAGGAUUCAAUUCUGGAGGAUUUGGCAGUAAAUCGCCGCCUGGUGGAACCACUUCGGGAGAUGGAGACUGGGAUGAGACCCCUUCAGCUAGUUCAUCCUCACACAGCUUUGGAAGUGGAAGCAGAGCAGGGUUUGGAGGAUCUGGUGGCUCUUCUGGAGGAGGAUUUGGAGGAUCCAGAGGAUUUGGAGGAAGAUUUGGAGGUAGUGGGGGUGGAUUUAGAAGAGAGGGCAGUGACCGAGGCUGUAGAAAAUGUGGAGAGGAGGGCCAUUUUGCCCGAGAUUGUCCUCAAGGUGGAUCAAGUGGAGGAAGAGGUUGUCACAAGUGUGGAGAAGAGGGGCAUUUUGCCCGAGAUUGCCCAAAAGGUGGCUUUGGAGGAGGGGGUGGAAGAGGUUGUCACAAAUGUGGAGAGGAGGGUCACUUUGCCAGAGAUUGCCCCAAAGGUGGUCAGAGUGGAGGAAGAGGUUGUCACAAGUGUGGAGAAGAGGGUCAUUUUGCCAGGGAUUGUACAUCAACAAACCAAAGAAGCAAUGGUUUUGGAGACCGUGGUGGCUCCAGUGGAUUUGGAAACAAAGGCUCUGGAGGUGGAUUUGGAGGGAGGUCUGAGCGUCCUUCAGGAGGUUUCUCAGGGGGAUUUGGUGGCAGUUCAUCAAAGCCUGCUGCUGAAGAUGAUUGGGGAGACUCUUCCUCAGAUUCCAAGCCCAGAAAUUCCUCAUCAGGUUUUGGAUCCAGGUCUGGUGGUGGAUUUCAGGGAGGAAAGCAGGGUGGUGGAUUUCAGGGAGGAAAGCCGGGUGGUGGAUUUGGAGCCAGUAGAGGGGGUGGCGGUUUUGGUGGUAGCAGUGGAGGUGGAGAUAGUGGUGCCAAUACAGAAGAUGACUGGGGAGACAGUGCCACAACCACACCAGCUGUUACAGUCAAAUCACCAGGAUGGAGUGCCACACCCAAGAAAGAUGGUAAUAAGUGGGGGCAUGAGGAUGCUGACUUGUACAAACUUGCCAGACUCCCAUCAGACAAAGCUGUCAAAGUAUAUGUAGUGUACGUCAAAUCUCCCACUGAAUUCUGGAGUCAGAUGGUAAGCAAGUCAGAAGAGUUGGAGGAAAUGAUGGAGAAAAUGAAUGAAGAAUACAAUGGGUUAUUUCCAAAAGAAAGAUGUGUCCAUGAAUAUGAAGUAGGAAAACCCUGUGUUGCCAAAUUCUCUGAAGACAAUAGAUGGUAUCGAGGGGAGAUCUCCGAAGUGGAAGACGACAGAGUGAAGGUUCAUUUUGUGGAUUAUGGGAAUACAGAGACUGUGAAUAAAGCUGAAGUGAAAGCAGCCAAUGCAAACUACAUGAGUCUAGAGAUACAAGGAGUUAAAUGUUCCCUCAGUGGAGUGCUCCAGGAAGACUGGUCAACGGAGGCAAUAGAAAAGUUUGAAGAACUGGUCAUGGAUAAAGAAUUACAGGCAAACGUUGUUAAUUUUUCUGGCGGAUUGUACCUGUUGAAGCUAUCGGAGAAUGGUGAAGAUGUAGCUCAGAGCUUAGCUGAUGCUGGACUAUGUAAAGUUUCCUCUGCUCCCAUUGUCAGUACAUUACAAAAUCCUUAUCCAGCUCUACCUCAGCAAGAAGGAGAGAAAGUCACAGCUUUUGUGUCUUGGAUUGAGAACCCUCACAACUUCUGGAUCCAACCAGAGGAAAAAGCAGAUAAAUUAGAAGAACUGGUGGCAGAUAUUCAAGAACAUUAUGAAGCUGGAGGCAGUGAACUGGAGAAUAUUAAUCUGGGGGAUCCUGUUGUUGCUAAGUUCUCUGAAGAUGAGGCAUGGUACAGAGCUUAUGUAGAGAACAUUCAGAGAUCAAAUAUAACAGUCAGGUUUGUGGAUUAUGGGAAUGCAGACGUAGUUACUAAAGAUGCACUACGUCAGGUAGAGCAAAAAUUCCGUGAAGUCCCUGCUCAGGCUCUGAGAUGCAGCCUCUCAGGUGUGAAACCACUACAAACUGGAUGGUCAGAUGACACCAAGGAGAUAAUGCAGAGUUUGGUCCCUGAUGCUCUCAAUGUUUGUUUCAUGGAGAAAAACUCUGAUGGAACUUGGAAGGUUUCCCUUUCUGCAGGUGAAGUGGAUGUGGCAGAAGAGUUGAUCAGGGCAGCAGUUGUUAGAAAAGAGACCUCAGAUUCCUCAACAUCAUUUGUGAAGUCAGAUUUCCCACCUCAGAUCUCCCUUCCUGUAGGCAGUACCCACCAGGUGUUUGUCUCCCACACCAACUCGCCCACCAGCUUCUACUGUCAGUUAGCACAGAAUACAGAUCAAUUAGACACACUGCUCGGAGAUAUAGAAGAAAAGGUUGAAACUUUAAUUCCAGUCGACUGUGUGUUGGAGGGCAUGGCAUGCAUGGCAAAGUACAGCGUAGACGAAGCUUGGUAUCGAUCCAUAGUCACUAGUGUCUCAGGAAACACAGCAGAUGUCUUAUUUGUAGAUUAUGGGAAUUCAGAAUCAAUUUCUAUGGAGAGUAUUUGUAAUAUUCCGACAGAACUCCUUAAACUUGAACCACAAGCCAUACACUGCAAAUUGUCAAAUCCAGAGGGUGUUGGAAAUGAUUUUGGAGACCAAGUAGCAGAUAAAGAAAUGACCCUGAAGGUUGUAGGACAGUCUCCCGUGUGCUUGACAGUAGAGCUCUUCUUUGAUGAUGGAAAACCAGUGUCGGAACCCAGGAGAGAAGCACCAGAAACUGAAGCAGAGGAGGCUCCAGUAUAUAAACAUAUCAAUUACACAGAACCAACCGGAACUCAAAUUAAAUGUUUUGCUACAUAUGUAAAAUCACCCUCCAAAAUCUACUUGCAGAAAGAAGGGUGUGAAGAACCACUGGAAACCAUGACAGCAAAACUACAGCAGUCAGUAGGUGCAUGUUCUCUCUUAGCUAACCCAAAACCAGGACAGAUAUGUGGAAUGAUAUACUCUGAAGACAAGGCAUGGUACAGAGGAGUUAUAGAGGAGAUUAAUGCAGGAAAAGCUAAAGUAAGGUUUAUUGAUUACGGCAAUAGCGAGGAAGUGGAAACAAGUUCACUGAAAAACCUUCCAUCAGAAUUUGCAUCAUUACCACCAUUUGCAUAUGCAUGUUCUUUGUGUGGGGUUUCUUCACUGGAGGGAGACUGGAGUUCAGAGGUCACAACCCAGCUGGAGUCCCUGAUUGUAGACAAAGACCUGACCUGUACUUUUGUAACUGGAUCUGAGGUGAAGCUAGAAGUGGAGGGUAAAGAUUUGGGGAAGUCUCUGGAGGAAGCCAGCCUGGUAAAGUAUGAGGAGAGUUCCUGUACUCCUGAGGAACCAGAGCCAGUCCGUGUGACUUGUUUAGAAGAGCAAAUCGUUCCCACAGAGGCAACUGCAGCUUAUGUCAGUCAUAGUGACAAAGAUCAGUUCUUUCUACAGUUAGCAAGUCAAGAGGAUACACUAGGAGAAGUUAUUGAAAACAUUCAGAAUCACUGUGAGAAGGCCAAACCUUUGACAGAUGUAGCAGUUAAUGAUUACUGCUGUGCCAAGUUCACUACAGACAAUUCUUGGUACCGGGCUCUUGUCACAGACAUCAAAGGUGAAAUGGUGGAUGUUCUAUUUAUAGACUUUGGAAAUAGUGACACAGUCACUACAGAUAACUUGCGUACUCUUGGAAUUGUGAGCCCAGCUCUGGCUUACCGAUGCUGUCUGACUGGAUGUACAACUAUGUCUACAGAGCAACAGGAACUGUUCUCCAAGCUGUCAUUGGAUGCUGAGGUUACUGUGACAUUUGACAAACAAGUGGACAACAAACAUGAAGUAACAAUGGUGCUAGCAGAUGAUCAUAGUAUAAAUAAAGAGAUUAUACAGUUAGGUGGAGGUGAACCAGAGGUGACUAGUCACUCUGCUGAUCUCUCAGAAAUGGAAGAAAGACAAGACACUGCUUCCCAGUCGGUGUUGAUGGAUGAGUCCCAUAUAACCCUGGAUGAAACAGGCUUUGAUGAAGCUGAACUUAACGUCACAUGUAAUGGAACGAAUGAAUCGUCAGAGGAGGAGGAGGACACAAUCUCAAGUGUGAACGAGCUGAAGGCUGCUGCCGUCCAAACGGAGGAUAGAGUGGAGGUCAACGUCAGCUGUGUUUACUCCCCGAGCUGUUUCUACCUCCACAUUGGUGACCCCGCCCCCCUCAAUGACCUCCUGGACCAGAUGUAUGAGUUCUACAGCAAUACGCCCAUAUCAUCCUAUAAAAUAGAAAAAGUGGCAAUCAACACACCUUGUGCUGCCAAGUUUUCUGAGGAUUCAUCCUGGUAUCGAGCUGUCAUCAAAAAACAGGUAGAUGUGGAUAAAGUGGAGGUGAUAUUUCUGGACCAUGGCAAUAUAGAGGUGUGUGCCAUUUCUGAUCUCCGCCGUCUUCUGAAACGAUUCUGUGACCUUCCAAUCCAAGGUGUGGAGUGUUCCCUUGCUGGGGUGAGGUCUAAGGAUGGGCCGUGGAGCAAGGAUGCCACAACUCUCUUCACAAAUCUUACUGAGGAAAAGACUUUACUAGCAGACAUUCUUAGCCUUGGAGAUGAUAACAGCUGUAUUGUACAUCUUCUUCACAUGGGUCUGUCGAUCAGCGAGCGUCUGAUAGAGGAAGGAUAUGGGGUACAGGCGACCACGCCGGUCACCAUCAGUAAGAAAGUGAAGCGUGUUUUUUCUGACUCCAGUGAUGUAGCUACCCCCUCACUAAAGCUAUCUGAGGAGUGCUCAACAGUGAAGGAAGAACGGGACAUUCUGUAUGGGAGGUUUACCCCGGAAGCUGUAGAAGCAGACACCGAGUAUGUAAUCACUCUCAGUCAUAUUGAAAACCCUGAAAAUUUCUGGUGCCAUAUAGUGGACAAGGUGGCAAGUCUAGAUGAACUGAUGGACAAGAUGCUGAUAAAAUACUCUGCUGACCGUAAAAGUGACCCGUGUCCAAUGUCGGAAAAUAAAUCUGAGUCUGUAUCAGAGGAGGGUGUACAGAAUGGAGAGAAUGAUUGUAAUAAAGGGAUAGGUAAAGAGCUGGAGGACAUCAAACCAGGAACUUCUUGUUGUGUGCUUUUCCCAGUGGAUGGUCAGUAUUACAGAUCUGUAGUCCAAGAGGUAGAUGAGGACAAAGUUAAAGUGUUUUUUGUGGACUUUGGAAACCAGGAGAUUGUGAGGAAGUGCAAUAUUUUCCUGCUUUUAGAUGUUUUUUGCGAAAUGUCUUCUCAAGCUAUUCACUGUCGCCUUGGUGGCAUUAUCAGUCAGUCCUGGGAUUCGAGCUCCUGUGGAAGAUUUGAUGAGCUGACUGAAGAUAAAGAACUUCUAAUGUAUGUAACAGAAAAGUCAGAGAUUGGGCCACACUUUGUAGAACUGUCUGAUGAUGAGACCUCCAUCACUAGCUGUCUGAUAGACGGAGGGUACGCCCAGCCAGACCACACUACAGAUGAGGAGGAGUCGAUUGAUCUUGUAUCCCUGUUCAGUCCAUACUCUUGGACUUUAUUAUCCUUGGAUAUGGAGUAUGACGUCAUGGUUACCUCUGCAGACAAUCCUCUACAGUUUUAUGUCCAGCUCAAUGACUGUAAUGAGUUGUCAAAAAUUGAGGAGGAGAUAAGCAAGUGUGUAGAAGAAAACCUGCAGAAGUUGUCUGACAUCAAGGAAGGUGUUGCUUGUCUUGUUCUCAGUCCAAUGGAAAAACAGUAUCAAAGAGCCAAAUGCUUGAAAGUCUUCCCUAAUCAGCAAGUACAGGUUUUAUUGGUGGACUUAGGUGAAAAACUGACCACUAAGAUGGACUGUGUGUACAGUAUACCAGACUCCCUAAUCCAGAUACCUGCUCAGGUCUCUGUGUGUGCCCUGACAGACAUAUUUUCUCUGACAGGAAGCUGGAGCAAGGAAACCAGAAUAUUUUUCUCAAAUCAUGUCCAGGAUGUUUCCAUUAUGUAUGUGCGUCAUAAGACGGAGUGUGGGGUGUACAAGGUGACCUUGGACUACGAGGGACAGGAACUGAACCGUCUGAUGGUGGAUUUAGGUUUUGCCAGAGCUGAGACAGACACCACACUGUUUGAACAAAUGAUGGAGAGCUCCGGUGAUCUAGAAACUUCCUUUAAUGAGCUGGCCCUAGAAAAACAGAAUUCUUUUGGCAGUGAAGAAGAUGGAGAAGGUAAAUCCCUUAAUUUGGACUCAACCCUGGAAACAACAGAUGCCUCUGUUUGCAUGUGUCAUGACUCAAGCCUGGAAACAACGGGAGCUUCUGAUAGCUUCCAUUUCAUCAAUCUCAAGAAAGAGAGGGAAGCAGAGGAAGAUAAGACAGAAGAUCAAGAGUUAAAAGAGGAGGAUGAAUUUUAUGAUGCUGUUGAUGAAGAAGGGGAAAAACAGACUCCAACAAAGGACCCACUGAAUGAUGUGUCUAAUGACAAAGAAUCCGAAUUGACAUCAAGUCCAGCAAAGUCCAAAGAACCAAAUGAUCAGUCUGAAGUGGAGAGCCAAGGAAGGUCUGUCAAGGAGGAAGAGCAGUUGGAAGAUGAAGAGGUCACCAGAGGUGAGAAGAUGGAUGACAACAUUAACAACAACUGUGAGGAGCCUGAGGAUAUGAGGACCGAGGACUUGUCCUCACUCAGUGGGGAACACCAACCUGAUGUCAACAGUGAGGAAAAGAAAGGGGAAGCAACUGUAGACAAAAUGAAUGAGGACAAACAUGAUAUAGUAGGAGAUGUGAUAGAUAAUGAGGGCAUUAAGGAAGAAGUUAGUCGGGAGAAUGAGGAUAAACCUGAUCCGGAGGAAGAUGUGGCAGAGAGCGAGGGCAUUAAGGAAGAUGUGGCAGAGAGUGAGGUCAUUAAGGAAGUGGAUGUUUGUCAGGAGAUUGAGGAUAAGUUAAAUGUAGAUGAUGAUACAGGAAACAGGGAAGAUGUUAGUCAGAAAGAGUGUGAAGAUGAUAGUAAGAAAGAGAGUGAAGAUGCAAGUCUGAAUGAAAGUGAAGAUACUGAUGUCAUCAAAAGAGAUAGUGAAGAUACUAGUCAAAAAGACAGUGAAGAUAUUGGUCAGAGAAAGAAUGAAGAUGGUAGUAAUCAAGAGACUGAAGAAGCUGAUGCAGAUAGCAAGAAAAGUGAAAAUGAUGGUCAGAGAGAUGAAGUUUCUGAGGAAGAGACCCAAGGGAAAGAGGUGUGUGAAGGUGAAGACUCAGGAAAGGUUGUGGAGGAAGAAUUCAAAAACACUGAUUCCAGACAGAGUGAUUCUGAAGAUGUCUGUGGUAAGGAGGACGGGAAUGGUUUGGUUAAAGAUAAAGAACAGUCUGAUUCUAAAGAAGAAAAAGAAAAUUUGGAGCACUGUAGUGACAGAGUGAUUGCCAAUAUUGACAGCGAGGGAGAAAACUCAGAUGAUCCAUCAGACACGGAGAUCGAAAAUACGGAAGGAUUGGAGGGGGGUGGAAAUGGAGAGGAUAGAUUAAAGGAAGUCAAGGAGGCAGCUGAUUAUAAAUAGGUUCAAAUAAAGUAGGGAUUUCUUUUUAGUUGGUCAUUUCUGUUGAUGAGCAUUGAAUAUCAAAUGUGAAUUAUAUUUGCCCAAUUUUUGAUAUGCUUAUUUGCAAUCGUGUAUUUUUUUUUUUUACCUAGUUGUGACACAUCCAUUUAGUUUGUGUUAUCCAUCAAUGGGUAUAUGUUUUGCUGUUUAUUUUUGGUGCCAAUAGUUAUUUUCGAAUGUUGUAGUAUUUAGUUUCAUUUUAAAGUUUGUGCAAAACAUUGCUGAUCACAGAACAUGUAUGACAUAUUGUUAUUCAAUAAAACAAUUUCUUGAUGUU